AGCCUGAUAAGUGACAAUGCUGCCCGUGUCCUCCCCAUCAUGUUCCCUGCACUCUACAGGAACUCCAAGAGCCACUGGAACAAGACAAUCCAUGGGCUCAUCUACAAUGCUCUGAAGCUAUUCAUGGAAAUGAAUCAGAAGUUGUUUGAUGACUGCACACAACAAUACAAGGCAGAGAAACAGAAGGGCCGAUUCCGAAUGAAGGAAAGAGAAGAGAUGUGGCAAAAGAUUGAGGAGCUGGCUCGGCUUAAUCCCCAGUAUCCUAUGUUCCGAGCACCUCCACCACUGCCUCCUGUGUACUCCAUGGAGACAGAAACCCCCACGGCAGAAGACAUCCAGCUUCUGAAGAGGACAGUGGAGACAGAGGCUGUGCAGAUGCUAAAGGACAUCAAGAAGGAGAAGGUGCUGCUCCGGAGGAAGUCUGAACUGCCCCAGGACGUCUACACCAUCAAGGCACUGGAGGCGCACAAGCGGGCAGAAGAGUUCCUGACCGCCAGCCAGGAGGCUCUCUGACCCGCUUCACCUCCCACAGGGCCACAGCCCACUCAACCCUGGACACCACCCUGGCCCUCCAUCCUGUGCUCCCUCCUGGCUGCCUUGGGUCAAGGCAGCACCUUUAGCUACCCAAAGGGAUGCGGGCACUUGAAGCAGGGAUACCCCGAGUGGGCCCUCGUCUUCCCAAAGUGUGUUCAUGCCUCCGUGUGGCUACUACAGACGGCCUGAGCACCAGAGUGCGUGCUCGGGUGACCUGGGGAUGCCUUUGCCCCUCUUGCUCCUGAUCCCACAGCUCCCCGAGGCUGCUCUGAGAAACAGGAAUACAUAUGCUCCUCUCCCCUCAUCCUCCUCUGAACUCUACCUGUCUCUCUGCCUCUCCCCCUGCAGAGGCAUGCAGGGAGCAGUAGAUUAUUCUCACCAAAGUUAGGCAACCUCCGUUGGCCCUUGGAGUGGGGAGGUGGAGGGUGCUGACCCCCAGCAGCACAAAUAGGCCCCUAACCCCAGCAGCGUGCAGGCUGAUGUAUUAUUAUUCCAUCUAACUCCCUGCCUGACAAACAAGAGGUCAAAAGGAGAAAAGUAUAGGCUAUGGACAAGAGAUAAAUAAAAGACCCAGCUGGACCAUGGCCAAGGAGGGUAUAGGGGAUGACCUGACCCCCUCCCCUAAUCCCUUCUCUGGUGAGCAGCAGCCCAGGGGAUCACAAACAUGGAAGGGACCACCCUUUGGCUGACUGCUUUCCUGUGCUGAUUCCCAAAGCCAGAAAGAAGCAGGGAGCAGUGCCCCAAGUUUGGCUCCCCUGACACCUAAUUUAUUUCCCUGUUUGUGCUGAGGCUAGGUCGCCCUUCACUUGUCCCCUUAAGAUACCAUAAGAGGGAAAGGGGACCAGGGAGGGCUGGACCCAGGUCCCAGGGGUCCAGGCAGUGUGGCUUUUGGCUGUGUACAUAGGGUGCUUUAUUCUCCAGAGUGAUACAUGCUAAGAUGGGUUGGGCUUGGGCCAAUGUCCCCAUAUGUACAGAAUUGAAUAAAGUGGGUCUCUGAGCAGAA